AGUCUUCCAGCGAGAGCAGCCACACCCCGCAAAAAAAAUCUAAUCUCUUCCUCCUGCCAAUCCCUUUUUCACAUAGUCUAAAUCCUUCAAUUGAAGCCACAACAGUUGCAAAGAAAGGUUAAUCUCUUCUUCCUAAGCCACGCAAAAGACUUACAGUCGAGCUUUGAUUACUUUCAAGUUAAGGAAGAAGACAUGGCUUCCAUAAUUGCAAGCUUGCCUUCUCCACCAUUGUUGGUUCAUGGUAAAAGGACCCUUUUCAGCACUCUUCAAACGCUCCCACUUUCUCCCAUUAAAGACAGACAGAACUGUGUUUCUGUUGUUGUGAGGGCUACUGGGGAAAGCUCUGAGUCAUCACCCCCCCUCGGGAUUGUUAAAUCUGUUAAAAACAUAUGGGAUGAUUCCGAAGAUAGGCUGGCUCUUAUCGGUUUGGGGUUUGCAGCACUGGUAGCCAUUUGGACGUCGGCAAAACUCAUCCCGGCCAUUGACAAGUUGCCUGUUGUCCCAAGCGUGCUAGAAUUGAUUGGCAUACUUUUUUCUUCAUGGUUUAUAUAUCGAUAUCUUUUGUUCAAGCCCAAUCGGGAAGAGCUAUUCCAGAUCAUCAAGAAGUCAGUUGCCAAUAUCUUAGGCCAGUGAAUCAUGCUUUGAAAUGUAGUCAAGUCGUGUACCUUUAGAGCUUUCCCUGAUUGGCAUAUCGUGUAUCUAUAUGGGUGGCAAUGACCAGUUGACCUACACUUUCAUUUGGUAGUGGAAGUUUUUGAUGCAUCAAGUUUAAGCAAUUCUAUGUUCAUUUUCUGGCACUCGUCUAUUAUCAUCAUUCAAACAUAUUGGAUGUUCAUAACAGGACAGUUGGGAUGAACAACAUGUCAGCACAUAGUACAGAGGUAAGUUAUUGAAACAUUGUUAGCAGAACUUUGCCUAUAGUUUCUCGUGUAUGGCAUUUGAGAUGAAAGGAUAUCAGAAAUUACUUGGGAUAAAUAAAUUUGAACCUUCAAAUUUAUCCAGUAUAAUAGGGAAGUGAGAUUGGUGUAUGUUCUAUGGUGUUGUAACCAGGAUCCGAGCUCCAACUACUGGCCAAAUCUUACAUAUAUUGUUACGUUACUUGUAUGUACAUGAGAUAUAUGGAAAACACAGCUUUCUAUGGUAGAGACUUUAACCAACUGAAGCAAUAGCCUCACUUCAAGAUGAAAUGUUUCAGUGUCAUCUCUGCAAUGCGCAAUUAGAUUUCACUUUUCAGGUCUUGCCUUGAUGGUGCAAGUGCUAGGAUAUUCGAACUGACUCUCUACAACAACUAUCGCUGAUGAAAGCAACUCCUCAGCAAUGCAAAAACAUGGAGAUCAAGUCGCACUAGUUUAUAGGUCAAUUGACAAACGAAGGAGCAGAAACUUAUAAGCACCAGGGUAACAAAAAAGACACUUCAACAUUUAGAUGCACACAACUUGCUAUUUCGUGUUGAAUAGAAAACUGGACUCGCUUGUAAAGCCUCAUCUAUAACAUGUGCUAUGAGAGGGGUUAGCAGAGGUGAAAAUGAUGAAGAAUCUCGCUGUAUGUUUCCUCCAAUGAGCCAAAUAGAGUUAAUCAUGAAGAUUUGAAACAGAUUAGUACUCGAUAUGAAGGUGAUACUUCAGAAUAAAAGGUCACUGAUCUCAGAAUACUUAUAUUAAUCCACUGCUUUUUUU